AAAAGAAAAGUCUCGCCCAGCCUUUUCUGUUGUCUCUCGCGUGCAUAAGUGUAUAUACGUGUAUUAAACUCUAUCCAUCAUCAUCUAUCUCUAAACUCAACCCGAAGGGAGGAGAGGAAGAGAGAUAGAGAGAAAAAGCGGAGCACACGCACGAGAGAGUCACGAGAGGAUAGUAAAGCAAAAGAUAAAAAGAGAGAGGCCCCGUCCCGUCGUUCCGUUCUCUCUCUACUAAGUAGCUCUAGAGAGAGAGUCGUCUCUGGCUGGUCUGGCCUGCGGUGUGGUGGUGUGUAGUGAAAAAUGGCCGGCGUCAGCGAUUACUUCGGCAUUGGGAGUACCGUGGCAUGCAGAACCUGUUAUGACAAGGAGAUCGAGGGCGAGGUGCUGGCGUUCGAUCAGCAGACGAAGAUGCUGAUCUUGAAAUGUCCUUCCUCGUGCGGUAGGGAAUCAUUAAACGAUGUACACAUAGUGAACCUAUCACUAGUGUCGGAUGUACAGGUGAAGAAGGAAGUCAAUCCCACAACCAAUGAACCACCACAGAGUCUCAACCUGCAGAGGCUAAAUACGAGAGUGCGUAAUCAAAUUGAGGAGAAAAAGAGGAUGGUAAAGGCUCUGCAGGCCGGAGUGUCGCCAGAGGGACAGAAAUUAUUCAUAGCAAUUUCCAAAACCAUAAAUGAGAUCACCUGGAAUGGUCCUAAUAUAGUUGUCUGGGACAAAGUGACGAUUAUACCACCUUACAAAGUUGAAAACGUACAGGGGAAUUCAGAUGAUAAAGCAUUUACUCACAUAAAGAAAGUGGUUGAAAAACAUAUGAGAGAUACAGCAGCUGCAGAAUCGCAGCAGAAAGACCAACCAUCACAAUCACAUCAGCAAACACAGAAAGGCAACAGCACGCAAUAGAAAAUGAACAAUUUACCGUAGAAAAGAAAGCCGACAAACUUUUUGCGGUGUUAAUUAUAUUCACGGAAGUAUGAGGGAAAAAAGGGAAAUUAUCUAAAGAAAAAAAAUAAGGCAAAAGGUUUACUCAAAAAAUCAAGAAUGGAACAUCGGUGUAUAACGAGCCUAUGGAUAUAAAUAUCGUGAUUAAUCCUUCCUUGCAUUUUGAUCACAUAGAUGAUUCAAGUAUGGAACAUCGUUUUCAACGAACUGAAACGGUUAUCAGGACACAUCGUUAUGCAAUAAUUAAAAAAAACUCAAUGUUUGAAAGAUGAUUUUUAUCUCAAACUAUUGAGAGCUUGACUCUGAUUAAAACUUAGAUCUAUUAAGAGAAAAAAUGGUUCUCGACAAGUCGGCGAUGUACGAUCAUGCGUGUACAAGUGCUACAGCAGGCGUGUUUGCUAGUUUUAGUUGUACAUUGUUACGGAAAAAAAUGCGUAUAGUAGUUGUUUAAAAAAAAAGAUCACUCGAGCAUUCAGGUAACUAAAAAAAAAUGAAAGCAGGAAUGGAUGGAACUAUGAAAGAAAGAAAUAGUGAGAACGAGAGAAAGCCAGUGAGGGAGAAAAGCGUCUACCUGAAUUACUUUCAGCUAUGCUUCACGUUGGAGCCUUGUUGAAAAAGCUUUGUUUACCAAAUUCGAUAUAAGAAAAAAUAAAUAAAAAAAUGAAGAUUAUAAUUGAAUAGACAAAAGAACUUGUAAAGAACAUCGAUUGAUUGGACUUUACCACGCCUAUGUACGGGCACGAGGUACAUUUGUUAGAAGAAACUUUAAUCUCAUCAAUAAAUCGUUUUCGCGAAAAUCAAUUGCAACUAGGCAGAACACGUAUUUUUCAUUUCGGCCUAUAGCGAAAACAUCACUUUCAACAAUUCGUUUUGUACCAAUCCAAGAUUGAGGCAGAAGGAAAAUUAAUACCAACUAACGUCAUAUUUACUGGAUAAAGCAAAUGCACCCCGUGCCUUCUUAUAAACUUUGGAUGCCUGUAAAAAAAUAGCAUGAAAGAAUUAUGUUGUGAGAAAGAUUAGGAAAAAAAAAAGAAAGAAACAACUACAUUAAAAAAAAACAGAAUAAAUGUAAUAUAAAU